AUGUUCUACAGUCACGAAAUCCUCACCUCGCCUGAGCAUGGCGUUGCGACCAUUUGGCAAGUACCCGAGUCUCUCAGUCCACAUCGACCGUAUUCCCGCGAGAAGCUGACCAUGCCUUGCAAACACAGGCUCGUGGCAACCCUCGGCUCCAGGUCGAUCACCCGACGAGUGAACCGAAAGGCGAUCCUCGACGUCAACGUUCCCCAGGCAUGCAGAGUCAUUAUCAACCCCGAGGCGCCGAUGGCGUUGCGCCUUCAAGGAAGUCUGCUGUACGGUGUCUCAAGAGUCUACAAUCAGCAAUGCGGGUUUACCUUGCUCGAGGUGCAGGGGAUGCAUGAUCGGAUGGAGUCGUUGGUCCGGUCGAUUCCCGGUAGCGGACUGGAUCCUAGUGCUGGCAAGGCUAAACCAGGCCAGCUUAUCGUUCCACAUGACCCAGCUUUCCUACCCGAGACGGGCCUUCCGGGUCUGGACAUUGACUUCUCAGUGUUUGACAAGAUGGUGGAGGAGAGCUUCAGCCAGAAGUCUACUGGUUGGUUGUCGAAGUCACCCAUGGCCAGCCAGAUGCUCUCCUCUGAGACCGAGAGCAUCCAGAUUGAACUUGCGUCGGACGAUGUCCUAAGAGAUAUUGGUAUGAUGAGCGUCCAGAGCGAUAUUAACAGUCCCAUUCAAAAGCGAAGUGUAGGCGGCAAAAUGCAUGGUUCUCACGUAGGAGACGAGGAACAAGGAAUCCUCCUUCAGCCCGACUUUGAGUUCGACGAGGAUGGGAAUAUCGUGGAGCUUAGCCCGUCGCGACUGUCACCGCGGAGGAGCAGGUCUAUCUUUGAACUGGAGGAAAAUGUCCGUACAGAAGCAGGGCAUGAGGAUGGGCACAAGCUCCAGUCUGAGAACAAAAUUGAGGGAAUUGAAAAAGAGGCUGAUUGGAUGGAGCUCGACAAUCAGAACCCCAUUGAAAACAACGGACAACUUGAAGCCCAAGAGACACGAGCCCGACAGGCUCGACGGGAAACCAAACAUAUCGCUGCUGACAACAACACAACCAUCCGCAACGCCGAUCUGGCGCGGUGGAACGAGCAAUAUGGUUUCAAUAUGGCCCGGGCAUGGAAGCAGAAGCAGCUCAACAAGAUCCCAACGCUGGCCAAGAAAAACGCCGCGUUCUGGGUGUUCGGCAAGGGCAUCGGGUCGGUUGGGGUGGGAUUGGGCGUGAGCCAUGAAUCCCACCCGCUGAAGUGUUACUCGGGCGAUGAGCUGUACGACAUCGUGUGUGUGGCCUUCCGACAGAACGGAAGGAAGCGCGCCCAUAGCCCUGACGGAGACGAGUUGGGGUCGAUGCCUCGUCGAAUGUGUGUCCACGAUGAUAGCCGCCCUGACACAGAGCAGUCGAUGCGGGAUGUGGAAACGGGACGCCAGGGACCGGGGAGCCUCGAUGACGACCACUCCUCACAGAUGCCAUGGAACAUCACAGCUUCAGUGCAGAGUUCCCAACGCGGUCGAGGACUGGGUAGCGAGCUGUCCUCGCGAGGAUAUGGCGAAAGUCGAACAUCACGACCUCGGAGUCGUCUCAUGAGUGCAAGCCCACUCGCCGGACGGAGCUAUCUCGAUGGACGCGAACUCCUGAGCAACCUUUCGCCCCCGGGCUAUGAAGUAGAUGACCUAGAUAUCACGCAGUAUCUCGAAAGCGAACUUGCAGCCGACCGUGAGAGUCUCAGUAUGAUCUCAGCCCGGCAUCAGUCCGAGGUUCUGCGCGUCCAAUCCACUCUCGACCGGGAGAGUCUAAACUUCCUCGAUUUCAUCAAGAGCAAAGUGGAAUCCCAAGUCGGACCGAAUUGGAGAGGCAGUGGUGAAAAGCCUAGCCAGAUCGCAUUCUCGACCAUCCUGCCUCCGGUGAAGACCUCGCGCGCCGUGGCCACGCAGGGAUUGAUGAACGCGCUCACGCUCGCCACGAAGGGCGCUCUGGCUCUCUCCCAAGAUCCCUACGAUGAUGAGAGUAGCGCCAGUAUCGGGACGCGCUACCGGUAUGGUGAGAUUUAUCUGCGGCUGGCCGGUUUCCGAGUGGAGGCGUGGUGUUAUACGGGGUGGCGAGACGGUUAG